AUGAGCAGCAGAGCAGCGACUGAGAGGAGCAGAGCGCAGCGUACAGCAGGAGCCAGAACAGUGUGAUUCAUUCAGGCAAGAAGGGAAGAAAGAAGCAGGAAUUGUCAGAGGGGUAAAGAGUGUCUUGGAGUAGCACAAUCCUGAGAGAAGAACGAAGGUGGAAGUGUGAGUUAGGGGGCUGUGUGAACUCUGUCGGAGGGGACGGCAGCUGAAUCAAUCAAGGGAAAGAGCUGAAACUUCACUCGCACCUGCCGGUUGGACUAAAGCUUCUGGAUAUUACCCAGAGACGCCACAUCCACUAGACCGCUUCCUACGGUCCUCUUUAGCGUUCCAGAAAGCCAGUGUUUGAUCAGCUUGCUCUUAUGUCAGAGCACUAGAGCGUUUCCGUCAGGGUUAUUCCGAGAGACAUGAUAGAGAAUGAAAUCAAGAAUGUGACUUCCGUUCCAGAGCAUGGAGAAGUCAAGUAGCGAGGAAUCCGCCAUCCACCGCAGCCCCUCCGUGGACAGCCGCGACUCGGACUUUGCCCAAGCCUCCACCUCCGGGCGGCCGUUCGGAGGACGAGGCUUCACCGCCGGCGCGUUCUACGGGUCCACCGGCCCUCGUGCGCAAAGCGCUGCUCAGAGCGGGGCGGCCGAGGACGAUAAGAGCAGCAAUAAGUACAAGGCGCCUAAAAGCAGCAAAUACGUGGUCUUUUAUCUGGAUCUAUCAUUUGUGUUCCUUCUAGAGUUCAAGAAGUGCAACAUGGCGAGAGGCUGCUUGUGCUGUCUGAAAUACAUGAUGUUCGUCUUCAACCUCAUCUUCUGGUUGUGCGGCUGUGGACUGCUCGGUGUGGGAAUCUGGCUGUCUGUGUCUCAGGGCAGCUUCGCCACCUUCUCCCCAUCAUUCCCCUCCCUCUCCGCUGCCAACAUGGUCAUUGCCAUUGGUGCCAUCGUCAUGGUGACGGGCUUCCUCGGUUGCCUGGGUGCCAUCAAGGAAAACAAGUGCCUGCUUCUGAGCUUCUUCAUCGUCUUGCUGAUUAUUUUGCUGGCUGAGCUGAUUUUGCUCAUUCUGUUCUUCGUGUACUCUGAUAAGGUCAGUGAGAACGCCAAACAGGACCUGAAAGAUGGCCUGGCCCUCUACAACACGGACAACAACAUCGGGCUGAGGAACGCCUGGAACAUCAUCCAAGCUGAGUGGAAGUGUUGUGGAGUAACGGGUUACACAGACUGGCACGAGGCACUGAAAGAGAAGGUGGUGCCCGACCGCUGCUGUCAAGAGCAUUAUCAGGAGUGCGGCCGCAAUUCCACCAACAUGUUCUGGACACGAGGCUGCUACGAGAAGGUGGAAGAAUGGCUCGAAGAUAAUAAGCACCUUCUCGGAAUAAUCGGCAUGUGUAUCCUGGUGGUUCAGCUCCUGGGAAUGGCCUUUUCCAUGACACUGUUCCAUCAGAUCCACAGAUCCGGGAAGAAGUACGACGCCUAAUGAGGCCGCCUCGCAUGGGACGUGUCCCGGUGCAUUAUAGGACGGACUCUGAAGGACAGCUCUCUUGUAUCUCACUAACCACUGGCCACGUUUCCCCAUUAACCCCUGAGCUCCCAGCACAGACUUCAGCCAUCGUCCUGCUCUCUUUCUCCUCGUCCCCUCAUCCGCCAAAGAGCCCCGGGACAGAGAGGAACUCUUGCUACUGUCUCCCUUCAUCUCUUCUAGAACUUGUAUUUUACGCUUGAACUAACUAACGUUUGCCGCAAGGAGAAUAUCUGCGAUGAGGACGAUCUGCGUGUCUUUACUAAUCCUUAACUGUCUCAUGAGACGAGUAGUGCGGAGACCUUCAGAGCGGACGAAGUUGAAAAGCAUUAACAACGUAAAUGACAACACCUCCCAUUUUGCAUGACACAGGUACGCCUUUGUCAUGUCAGCUCAAGACAUCUUUUGUUUUUUAUAAGUGACUAUGCCCCAGUCCCAUCAUUUUCAAUCUCAUGCACCUAAGGAUUGGUAUUCCCGGGAAUAAGGACUGCUUUGGAUGGUCAGGAUUUGCUUGUUUUUUGUGUAUAAAGGUCUAUGAUUGGACAUUUUGAGAGGGUUUUGAAAUGUGCUGAACGUUUAAACCUAAUUAGAAUCCAUUUCAUCAAAUAUUCUUCAAAUAUAGAAUUAUUUUUUUUACAAUUUACUUUUACCAUUUAUAGACUUGAUUUUAAGCCACUCAGUGAUACACCGCAAAAAAAAAUAUUUUUAUAUAUAUAUAUAUAAAUAUUAGGGCUGUAAAUUUAACACGUUAUUUCAGCGCGAUAAAUUUUACCAAAAAUAACUCGUUAAAAAAAUGAAUGCAAUUAAACGCAAUGCCCCGGACCAUACAGAAUAUAAUGCAUUUUAAUUAUCUGAAUAUUUUUUAUAUAUAUAUAUCUAAGUAUUUUAAUAUUUAAAGAUAACUAUGUAUAAUUAUAUAUUGAGUUAUUGUUAUAUGAGGGGCUUUCUUACCAUAUAUUUGUACAUGUGAUUAAAUGUGAUUAAUCGCGAUUAAUUAAUCAGGACAUCAUGUAAUUAAUUUGAUUAAAAAUGUUAAUCGAUUGACAGCCCUAAUAUAUAUAUAUAUAUAUAUAUAUAUAUAUAUAUAUAUAUAUAUAUAUGUAUAUUUCUUACCAAGUAUUUUUGUCUUGUUUUCUGGUUAUAAAUAAUAAUAAUAAUAAAAACAAUUCUUAUACAACAUCCUUAAUUUACUUGAGAUGCAGAAUGACAUAAGAUAUAGUUUUUUGUAUUAUUAUUAUUU